AUGGAACACAACAAGGGAACCAGAAAUAGUGGAGAAUGUUGCAGGAAUGAGUCCAAAAUGGUUAGAUGCGCAGUAACCGCAAUGGAAAAGAUGAGAGAUUAUUUGUUUGAAACGUCUGUAUGUCAGAAUGCAGAAAAUUCGAUCACUCCAGGUGACUACGAGUGCGCAACUAACUGCAAUAAAUAUACAAACCAGGAAUGUCCAUUUCGGGGCACUGGGGUGCCACCUAAUCUGAUGCGGACAUUCUGCAAGAAUAAUAGGUUGGCAGUCGAUCGAUCGAGUCCAAAUAUGAUUCGUCUCCUGCCGGGCCAAGUUGGGGUAGCUGGUGACCGAGCCACGUUCCAUCUUGGUCAAACGAUGGCAAGAAAAAGAACCCGUUCGGCCAAGGCCACUACCAUCGAGAAAAAUGGCAAAUUGGCUAUGCCAACGACUGCCGUUGUUGACCGGCCAGCUGCCACGAAGUAUAUUAAUAUUCAACGCAAAAGAUCAAUGCAAAUUUUGCCCACAGUACCGGUGUCUAUCAAUAACCCAGCGGUCGGUCCAGUCACCGGGAGACCGAUAAAUGAUAAAGAGCACGUGUUUGUAUUACGGCUGUCCAAGGCAUACGAUAAUCCUACCGAUGUAGCCUGCUUGCAGGUUGAAAUGCGUCUACCUAAUCCACCGACAGCUUUAAAGCGCAUAGAUGCCGAAACGCAGUUUAUAAACGAAGACAUAACUUUGGUGACCACCGGUGGAAAAAAGGGGUCCAAAAAGGGAUUAAGAAAAAAAUCAAAAAAGAAAUCAAAAAAAGGA